AUGUCGCAAUGGUCACAUUAUCACCACAUCACGGCAUUCUCGGAGUUCUUAGCCUACAAGACCAGAGUCCCUGUUCGGGGAGCCAUCUUGCUCAACCAGGACAUGGAUGAAGUGGUGUUGGUCAAGGGCUGGAAGAAGGGAGCCAAUUGGAGUUUCCCCCGGGGGAAGAUUAAUAAGGGCGAGAAGGACCUCGAUUGCGCUAUUCGUGAGGUUUAUGAGGAGACUGGCUAUGAUGUCCGCGAGGCCGGACUAGUUAAGAACGAAAACGAUGUCAAAUUCAUCGAAAUCACCAUGAGAGAACAGCACAUGAGGCUGUAUGUGUUCCGGGAUGUGCCACAUGAUGCACACUUCGAACCUCGUACCAGGAAGGAGAUCAGCAAGAUCGAGUGGUAUAAACUGUCAGAGCUGCCAACCUUGAAAAGGAGCAAGCAACAGGACCAAGAGUUUGCGACUACAAAUGUGGUUACAAAUCCGAACAAGUUCUACAUGGUUGCCCCGUUCAUGCAUCCACUGAAGAAAUGGAUCGCCCAACAGAAGAAGCUCGAGAUGAAGUCUCCCCUGGAGACUAAGCAACUGUUGCAGAAUGAACGGGAAAUGUCCACGGACGGAGGUUUUGUGGCUAAUAACGUUAUGACGCCUAAUCAAGUACCGGUGGAAAUGGCUGCUCCAAGUCCACUGCCUGAAGUGUCAUGUCAGGAUGCUUCCGCUCAUCUCAAGCGUCUUUUGAACAUCAAUGCGACACUUCCUCGACAAGGCACUUUGAACACAUCGCAAGCUUCUGGUCCUGACCCCUCAAAAUCCAAUGCUCUAUUGAAAUUACUGAGAAGUGGCUCUUCUCGUGGUCCUUCCCCCCAAGUGUCGAGUUAUGAGCAGACGACGCCUCCGCAAGCCGUGUCAGGAGCUCAACCCUAUCCUGUGACGACCUUGUUUCCGGGGUUUCCUCAGCAAAACCAAUACCAUGGACACAUUAGCAAGUCCGCACAGACAGCCAUCUCCUGUCAUCAGGGGCCAAUGCCACAAUUCCCGCCUGUAACUAACCAACAUGUGACCCAGCAUCUGCCUCCGAAUGCAGUGGGUCGACCUUUCCCGAUGAAACCGCAGGGUCCGUCAGGUGCACAUGAAGACCUUCCGACUUAUGCUUUCCACCUGCACUCCACGACGCCCUACCGAGAAGCACGCUUGCCGUCAGGACAGCCAACUGCGCCACUCAACCAGGCACCUAUCCCCGCACCUUACCAACGAACUGGAGAUCCUCAAUUCGCCCAGCAGGCCCAGCCUUCCCAUGUCCAAGGAGCUACUGUGCCUCCUGCCAGUAAGCUACCGCCACCAAAACUUACGAGUCACUCGCUGGCACUCUUGAAUGUGUUCAAGGACGAAACAACGAAAACACCUAAGAACGGUGGCGCGGCUAUGGCGGCUGUUCCAACAGAGGCACUGGGAAGCGGUCGCAAGCCAUCACAACAUCAAGAUCAAUUGUUAAGCCUUCUCAAAGGUUCCUCGGUCACCUCUGCUUCUGUGCCGGUGGAAUUAUCGGGUCAUUCUGUUUCCCCUGCCAAGAAGCAGAUUCUGCAGCGGCCUCGGGACGAUGUCAACAGGCCGCAAGAGCCGGUAACCGAUUUGUCGGCUUCUCCCACAAUGUCCAACUCUCCAGGCGCAAAAUCUUCUGCCAAAAAAGCACAAAGCGCAGCGAAACGGGGGACCAACAAGGGAAAAAAAAUUUCUGCUUCACCCAUAACAAUACUGCCCAGGCCCCAGAGUGCCAAGAAGGAACAUUCGCCCGCGGCUGGUGCCCAACCCUCACGUCAUUCCCCCCGAUCUCGUCCGGAGCACAAGACAAAGUCUCCCGAGCUUCCGAAGCCAUUCCAACCGCAAAUACUUCGCCGCUCCGAGAAUCUAGACGGUAUUCUGCCGGUGCGAACGAAAGUCACCCCGGACUCGAAACGAGAAGAAAGCUCCCAGCUCCCUAGUUCUAGUGAAGGUGGGAAGCUGCAGGCAAACGCGGGGCGCCGACCAAGUCAGAAGGCUUCCCAAAAAGAGAUGCUUCUCUCCCUUUUCGGCAAACAACCCACUGCAUCCCCUGGUGUAUCGACUACGACACGGAUUAAUCUCCAAACAUCAGUUCCGCAGUCAUCAGGCACUUCAUCCGUUGUCAGCCCACUUUCUCCGCUUGAUCUCUCUGCCGGGGCUGUGACGGAUCCCGGGGCGCCUAGUGUGGACGUGAACGCCAACAUGGUCGCGUCACCGGAUAAUAAAGCAUUUCUCCUAGGUUUCCUGGAAGGUGUAGCCAAGGGAAAUAAAUAA